UGUAUGUUCUAGAUUGUUCUGGAACGCUAUUGGCCGAGUAUAUAAGGGGCCGGUAAGCGCGGCAAAGCAUUCAGUAUUUGAAAACACAAACAAGCGAAGAGAAGAGAAGAAGUUAAGUGCGGUAACACUACCGAACAAAGUUAAAGCAAAGCAAAUAAAUUGUUUAUAGAAGUGUAUAGUGAAGAAAUAUAAUCAAGAAAAAUGCCAGCCAUUGGAAUUGAUCUUGGUACUACCUAUUCGUGUGUUGGAGUAUGGCAGCACGGGAAUGUGGAAAUAAUCGCGAAUGACCAAGGCAACCGAACUACUCCGUCAUACGUCGCGUUCACAGACACAGAGCGAUUGAUUGGAGAUGCAGCCAAAAACCAGGUCGCCCUCAAUCCCAACAACACAGUAUUUGAUGCUAAACGACUCAUCGGCCGCAAGUUUGACGACCCGAAGAUCCAGCAGGACAUGCAGCAUUGGCCCUUCAAAGUAAUAAAUGACUGCGGCAAACCCAAAAUUCAAGUUAACUUUAAGGGAGAAACGAAGAAGUUUGCACCUGAGGAAAUAAGCAGUAUGGUGUUAACAAAAAUGAAGGAGACCGCAGAGGCAUACCUUGGAACCACAGUUCGGGAUGCAGUUAUCACUGUUCCAGCAUACUUCAACGACUCGCAGAGACAAGCUACCAAGGACGCAGGUGCCAUUGCUGGUCUCAACGUACUCAGGAUCAUCAACGAGCCGACCGCUGCCGCCCUUGCCUACGGUCUGGACAAAAAUCUCAAAGGCGAACGGAAUGUGCUUAUAUUUGAUCUCGGUGGCGGUACGUUUGAUGUAUCAAUUUUAACCAUCGAUGAAGGCUCUCUGUUUGAAGUACGGGCGACUGCUGGUGAUACACACCUUGGCGGUGAAGACUUUGACAACCGGCUAGUAAACUUCCUAGCCGAUGAGUUCAAACGUAAAUACAAGAAAGAUAUGCGAAACAACUCACGCGCUCUCCGUAGACUACGUACGGCGGCAGAACGCGCGAAACGAACAUUAUCUUCAAGCACAGAAGCUACUAUUGAAAUUGAUGCACUACACGAAGGCAUUGACUUUUACACCAGAGUGUCUCGUGCAAGAUUUGAAGAACUUAAUGCUGAUCUGUUCCGAGGCACCCUUGAACCCGUCGAAAAGGCGCUAAAAGAUGCUAAACUAGACAAGAGCUCCAUCCAUGAUGUUGUACUGGUCGGCGGUUCUACUCGCAUCCCUAAAAUCCAGAGCAUGCUGCAGAACUUCUUCUGUGGUAAGCAGCUGAAUCUGUCCAUCAAUCCAGAUGAAGCCGUCGCGUAUGGAGCAGCAGUGCAAGCAGCUAUACUCAGCGGUGAGCAGCACUCCAAGAUCCAAGAUGUGCUGUUGGUAGACGUGGCUCCUCUGUCUCUUGGUAUAGAAACAGCCGGUGGCGUCAUGACCAAAAUCAUCGAGCGGAAUGCUAAGAUACCCUGCAAACAGUCGCAGACAUUCACCACAUACUCGGACAACCAACCGGCUGUGACUAUCCAAGUUUAUGAAGGUGAACGAGCCAUGACAAAGGACAACAACUUGCUGGGUCGCUUUGACUUGACAGGCAUUCCGCCUGCACCACGAGGAGUGCCUAAGAUUGACGUUACAUUCGACCUAGACGCAAACGGUAUCCUGAACGUAUCGGCCAAAGAAAAUAGCACUGGCCGCAGCAAGAAUAUUGUGAUCAAGAACGACAAGGGUCGUCUGUCACAGGCUGAGAUUGACAGAAUGUUAUCUGAAGCCGAGCAAUACAAGGAAGAGGAUGAGCGCCAGAGACAGAGGGUUUCUUCAUGUAACCAGCUGGAAUCAUACAUCUUCAGCGUGAAACAAGCGUUGGACGAUGCUGGCGACAAGUUGAGUGAGCAAGACAAGCAGACAGCGCGGAACGAGUGCGACGAGGCACUAAAGUGGCUAGAUAACAACACACUGGCUGAAAAAGAUGAGUACGAACAUCGGCUGAAGGAGCUCCAGAGGACGUGCUCGCCCAUCAUGAGUAAAAUGCACGGCGCGGGAGCUGGACACCAACAAUACGGCCAACAACAAGCGAACUCGGGACCGACCGUAGAAGAAGUAGACUAAGUUCCUAAUUAACUCAAUGAUGAGUAAAAAAAUCUGAUCUCUAGUCCCACCAGUAUCUCAAUUGUAAUUUACUGUAAAUAUUAGUUCUUAAGAUAAAUUAAGUUUAGAAAUAAAAUCACAAUCAUGUGCUGGAGAAAUAAAUAAAACAAAUUUAAAUUAA